AUGUUGUGGAAAACAACAGGAAGUAUGAGUUAUACACGCCAAUAUAACACAGCAUCCGUCUUAGCAAAUGGAAAUGUGUUAGUUACAGGUGGAUACAAUGGUGGUUUCUUGAACACUGCUGAGUUAUAUAAUCCAUCAACAGGUACUUGGACAACAACAGGAAGUAUGGGCUCUAUGCGAGCAGGUCACAGAGCAUCCGUCUUAGCAAAUGGAACAGUGUUAGUUACAGGUGGAUACAAUGGUAAUUACUUGAAUAGUGCUGAGUUAUAUAAUCCAUCUACAGGCAACUGGACGACAACAGGAAAUAUGGGCUCUAUGCGAUCAGAUCACACAGCAUCCAUCUUAGCAAAUGGAAAUAUGUUAGUUACAGGUGGAUUCAUUAGUAGUUACUUAAAUAGUGCUGAAUUAUAUAAUCCAUCUAUAGGUAACUGGACGACAACAGGAAGUAUGAGCUAUACACGAGGAUAUCACACAGCAUCCGUCUUAGCAAAUGGAAAUGUGUUAGUUACAGGUGGAUACAAUGGUGGUUUCUUGAACACUGCUGAGUUAUAUAAUCCAUCAACAAGUACUUGGACAGCAACAGGAAAUAUGGGCUCUAUGCGAUCAGAUCACACAGCAUCCGUCUUAGCAAAUGGAACAGUGUUAAUUACAGGUGGAUACAGUGGUAGUUACUUGAAUAGUGCUGAAUUAUAUUAA